AUGUCGAAUGAAGAAAAUAUCAAGAAUCGAGCGGGAAACACACAUGCCAGCUCAAAGCUACCUUGGAGGCAGAGAAGCACACAUGCCAGCUCAAAGCACCUUGGAGGCGGGAGAAGCAGCACAGUGUUCACUCAAAGGUACCUUGGAGGCAGAGAAGCAGCACAGUGCUCAGCUCAAAGGUACCUUGGAGGCAGAGAAGCAGCACAGUGCUCAGCUCAAAGCUCCCUUUGGAGGCAGAGAAGCAGCACAGUGCUAAAGCUCAAAGUACCUUGGAGGCAGAGAAGCAGCACAGUGCUCAGCUCAAAGCUACCUUGGAGGCAGAGAAGCAGAAACAGUGCUCAGCUCAAAGCUACCUUGGAGGCAGAGAAGCAGCACAGUGCUCAGCCCAAAGCUACCUUGGAGGCAGAGAAGCAGCACAGUGCUCAGCUCAAAGGUACCUUGGAGGCAGAGAAGCAGCACAGUGCUCAGCUCAAAGGUACCUUGGAGGCAGAGAAGCAGCACAGUGCUCAGCUCAAAGCAGAACUUCAACUGCUGAAAGAACAGGAUAGCGAACUGAAUAAUGAUUCGCUGGAUGUUUACGUAACUUUACAGAAAGAGUUGUUGUUUGUUGAGGAUCAGUUAGUUAUCAAGAGCGAGGAGUGCGAGAGUCUGGCCGCUAACCUCACACAUCUUAAAAGUCAGGUUAAGACCACGGAAAAGAAUGCUGCAAAAUAUAAACGCCGUUUUAAAAAGGUUCAUGAAAUGGCCAGCAGUCUCAUCAAAGAGAACGAGCUUCAAGCUGAUCACAUUAAGAGUCUUAAGAAAACAGUUAACUUCCAGCGACGAAAAUACCUGAGUUUACACCAGGAAACCGAGGUUCUCAAUGUUGUAAAUAACAAUCUCCGACCCCACUCUCUGACAACAACUCAAGUUCUGGAAGAAACCACUAAAGUGAACGUACAAGAGCAAGAUAAUCUCGAGGAGGAAGACGCAGCUGAGAUAAAGCUUGAUGAUCUCAGGAGAAAGAAAAAGCAACUGAGGUCAAGCUUGAUGAUCUCAGGAGAAAGAAGAAAGUGAGAAGGUCAAGCUUGAUGAUCUCUGGGAGGAAGAAGGAACCGAGGUCAAGCUUGAUGAUGAUCUCUGGGAGGAAGAAGGAACCGAGGUCAAGCUUGAUGAUGAUCUCUGGGAGGAAGAAGGAACCGAGGUCAAGCUUGAUGAUCUCAGGGAGAAAGAAGAAAGUGAGAAGGUCAAGCUUGAUGAUCUCUGGGAGGAACGAGGAGCAACGACUGAGGAGCAGCAGCUUGAUGUACUUACCGCUUAUAAACGUAAAAUGUUAAUCCACAUGAUCGAACAUGAGAAGAAACGUAAGAAGAUGGAAGAACAUAAGAUGGAAGAACAUAAGAUGGAAGAACAUAAGAUGGAAGAACAUAAGAUGGAAGAACAUAAGAAGACGGAAGAACAUAAGAAGACGGUACAUAUCUUAUGCGUUAUGAUCUUCAUCUCAGCUGUUUUUAGUCUUCUCUGCCGCUCAAGGAAGGUUCCUUGAUGUUGGUUAAGGGCUCUUGAUUUAGGGAAUUGGAUCUGUGCUCCAGUUCCCCGAAUUAAGCCUGAAUGCCUUCCACAUCCCCCCCCCCAGGCGCUGUAUAAUCCUACGGGUUUAGCGCUACCCCUUGAUUAUAAUAAUAAUAAUACUCUUCUCUGUAUUGUGACUAGUUUCUUCCCUUACAAGCAACGUAACUGGCCCCUGAGAACCCGAACUGGCCCCUGAGAACCCGAACUGGCCCCUGGGAACCUACCUGGCCUCUGGGAAAUAUAGGGGUCCCAUGGGAUAUUAUAGGGGUCAGUGGGUACCCCUGGGAAGUAUUAUUAGGGGUCAGUGUUACCCCUGGGUAGCAUCAGGGGUCCCUCACUAUUUAAUGUAUAUUUUUAUUUUUUAA